AUGUUCGGAGAGCAUAUAUCGACUUCUCCGCGCACACCUUCGCCCUGGUCAGCGCGUCUCUCUACUUCGGCAUCUACCAGCGCGUCGACGACCGCGCCUCCCACUCCGCCUUCCAAUCAGCCGUUCGGCGACGAAGCACAUCGACUUUUCGCUAGCACCGGAAAUCGCAAGGAGCAGGAUCAUCAGCUGCCUGAACUGCACCUGCUCAAUAUGUCCUGUGACGAUGCGCUCUCCGACAUCAGCGACGAGGCUGACGGCUUCUUCUCGCUCGACAUGGACGUAAGCAUCGAUCAGCAGCUUCAGGACGAUCGACCCGCGUAUACGCAGCCUGCACCAGCGAUCUCGUCACGCAACGGACGCCUCGAAGCGUCUCCGCAGCGCGACGGUCGUGAAACAUCAGGCUCGCCUCUCCUUCACCCGGCAGUGCGCAGGGCCUCCGAGACGGUCGCCUACUCCUCAUCACCACUGCAAGGUGUCGGACUCGAUCCCAUCAUGGCCUCGCGGUCGCGCAACUCUCCCGCGCUCAACAGUGUCAAUGGCAACAAUACAGCGAAUACUGCCUCAAACAGCGACUUCCGUGGCGUCACUCCACCGUCUUCGUUCGGUCCAAUAGCACCAGAGGUGGAUCAGAAGGGCAAUCUUGAGUACAAGCUCAAGAUCCUCCCUCCCAGCAGGGAGCGCUUCGAUCGUCUCGUCACGCAGCUCAAGUGGCGACUGCUCGAAGGCGGUGGCACGGCCGUAUAUGAGAUCGGUGUACUGGAUGAUGGCACCCUCAUCGGCCUCGACCCAGACUCGAUGAAGGACUCGCUCAAGCUCCUGUCCCUCAUGGCAGCAGAGGUAGGCACCGAAUGCCAUGUGCAGCGAGUGCUCGCGUUGGAGAAGGUGGCGGCUACCGAGAACGACGCGAGAACGAUCAAGGGCAGCAUUGCACACCCAAUCCCAGCGACGUCGCGCCUCGCUACAUCCGAAUCAGACCUCAGCCUCCGAGCUCUUUCACCGGCGGAAGCAGUCGAGAUGCUGCAACCUUUCGUGCACACCGCUACGCAUUUCGGCGAGCAUCAGCGUGCGUAUCCCGUCGGUAAUGGCGCAGCUGGGUCCUACCGCUUCUCUAUCGCACAGCAGCAGCUCAUCCCGCCUCCGCUCGCCACACUCGACGCAGACGCCUCCGCAUCCGUCGCAGCAGUCGACCCUAGCGACGCGGCCAUCCUAGCGAGCACCAUCGAAGACGAGGUGGCCAUGUCGGCGCAAACCAAGCGUCGCCUACUCAAGUCCACCGUCGGUCUUCCCUCCCGAACCAAACGGGACAUUCUUCAAGGACUCGACCAGUCGGCAGUGAUCUACCUCCCCUCGAAAGAAGAGAAGCGCCUGCUCCGGGCAGCUGAAGCGGAGCACGAAGCCGCCACCGCUGCCGCCGCUGCCGAUCGCGCGCUAUCGCAUACCGAAGCACAGGAGCGACGGAUGAUGGCGAAGAUGACGCGCGUCGCGGACUCGGUCCAGCCCAAGACGGCGCGUGCGCGUGCCCGGGCGAAGAAGUCGGCAAAUGGAAGCACGCAGGAGGAGGAGAGCGAGUCUCCUACGCCUUCGCCGAACAUGAUGCCGGUGACGAGCACAGGGGCCUACGCGGGAUACGAGACGGUCAUGAGCGCUUUCGGCGUGCUGUCGGAACGCGCGGCGAGGACGCUGUACGGGGCCGACGCGGAGGAUGGGCUUGGGAACGGGGGCGUGAAGGGAAGGCUGAUCGUCGAAGCGGUGGUGAGGAGGUGUGUCGAGUCGGUGGAUAAUCAUGCCGAUCAUCAGGCCGCGGAGCUGAAGCUUGGGGAGGGGAUGUAG